AUGACUCUGCGAAUCCAAAGGUUGAUGAUGAAACUUCAGCGCUAUGAUUUCGAGUUGAUCUACACACCAGGGAAAUACAUUGUGUUGGCCGAUGCUUUGUCAAGAGCACCAGAACACUGUGAACCACACAAUGAGAGUUCCACAGAGAAGGAUGUAAAUCUGCAUGUGAACCUGGUUUUUGAGACCCUUCCAGUGUCAGAUAUGAAAUCUGAAAUGAUUGCAGCGGAAACAGCCAAAGACGAGCAUGUGACCUCAAGUCCCUUGUAUGCCCAAUCAAAUGGAAAGGCCGAGAAGGGGGUGCACAUAGUCAAACAGCUGCUCAAGAAGGCAAAGGACUGCAAUGCUGAUCCUUAUCUAGCUCUUUUGAGUUAUCGAGCUUCACCUCUUGAACACGGGAUGUCCCCUGCUGAACUUUUAAUGCGGCGCAAGCUACGAACCACACUUCCUCACAUUGCAGGACAGAAACAGAGCAGGUUUUUUAAACACUUGUUCAGUGUAAUGCGGCAGCCUGUGAUCGAUGACAAGGACACACUGAAGGCCCUGGGCUUUGAGGUGUUGUACGAGCUCGUAAAUCACCCGCACAUCGUGCACGUUUAUGAAGUUAUUGAGGAGCGUAAUGGACUGGUACACAUCGUAAUGGAAGCAGCCUCCUCAUUUCUCAAAAAGGUUAUAGAAAAUGGGCCUCUCCCCAAUAAAACAGCUAGGCAGUGGUUCUCUCAGAUCGUCAGUGCGUUGGACUACAUGCACGAGCAGGACAUUGUCCACCGUGAUCUGAACUGUCACAACAUCCUCGUGACCGCAGACAGCGAUGUCAAAAUAACAGACUUUGGACUGAGUCGCGUUACAAAAGGCUACCCUGAGCUGUGCAACACGGUGUGUGGCACCCUGAGGUACCCUUCACCUGAGGUGCUGAAGGAAAAGAAAUAUGACGCCAAGAAAAGUGAUGUGUGGAGCCUGGGGAUCGUUCUGUACCAAAUGGUCACUGAGAAGCUGCCCAGCUCUUCAUAUAAGCUGAAAGAGCUCGCAAAUCCGAAGCUACCAUUUCCGUUUGCAGAUGACGUCGAAGUGGAAGAGUCCUGCCGUGCUUUAAUAAAGGAUAUGCUGCAGUUAGAUCCCAGCGCUCGGCCCACGGUGAGGGAGGUGUCAAAGCACCCUUGGCUGCAGCCUGAGGUGAAGGACACGCCCACUUCUGAAGAUCACACAGUCACAUCUAACGAAUCAGAUAUGUGCACUUGCCCUUGUGAAGUUUUCCUGGCUGAUCUGGAAGAUCACAGCUGUGGAUCUUCCGUUGGGUCACUUAAUCGUGUAACCUGCUCAGCAGUAGAGGAUACAGAGGAGAGCGGGUGUGGCUGCUUCGGCCGCAUUCCACCAUUUCAGACUGCAGCUAAAAGGAUAGCAGGUGCUUGUGCUAAAGCCUUCCGGUCACUCCGACGGAAGGUGAAGAGGCUUUUCUGCCUCUGCACUACAGCAAUGGGGUCCUGUAGACGAGGCUCUGGGAUGAAGACAAGGGCUAGGAGCGGGUUUGGCAUUUGGGGUGGGGUGAGGAGGGGCUUUCUGUAUUUUGUUUGCUACAUUUAA